AUGGCCCCUCAGGAUAAAGCGGCCGCUGGUCAAGCCGGAGCAAAUGGAGCCGUCAAGAAAAAGCGCGUCGUUACCACUGCUGCAGACAGAGAAAGACUCAAGUUGAGAGCCGAAGAUGUCAGGUGGAAUGCAGCAAGAACCCCCGAGGCAAAAGCCUGGAUCAACUCUACUAGAUUACUGAAGGAAUUCCUCACCAAUGGAGAAGAUGUCUUGGCUCUCAAAGCUGGUCCAGCAACAAGACGUGACCUUUGGGCCAAGGCCGAUGCCAUGGGUUUGCAUGUUGAAAUGUUCGAUACGCAAGUACGCAAGGAUGGGCCACCCGAGAGCUGGCUUGUACUCGGGCGAGUUGCUUCAAGGAUGGCGGUUGCUGGCAAAGUUCGAGAUAUUCAGCGUCAAGCCAAGAGACAGCUUCAAGAGGCCGAGGAGGAGGCCGGAAACGAAGACGAAGCUGAUGCUGGAGCCGACGAGCCUAAGAAUCCAGCUGACUUGAUUGAUCCCUCUCUUCGCGAACAAAGGGCUCCUGUGGCUCAGAUGAUGCUACCCGGUGCUCAGCAAGCAAAGGACAUUCGUCAGCAAUUGCCUUCUAUCGACCAUACUUCAAAGACAACUGGCAACAGUAAGACUGCACAGAUGAAUACACCAAACGAGGAUAUCGAGGCUGCGAAGCAACUCAGUGAUCUCAAAAGCCAAGCUGUGCCCGCGAGACCAGUCUUCCGUAAAGACCCACUAGAGGCCGUGCCAAAUACGUCAAGUGCGCUGCCUCAAGAGACAAUCGAAGAACAGCCUACCGCCGAAGAUACCACCGAGAAUGAUCGUAUCGCUAGCUGGAUAUCACAACAAGCCCACUCAGCGCAAACGGAGAAGGACAUCGUAGACCCAACAGGCACCUGGAAGCUCACCUGCGAAGCCAUCGCCGAACAACUCGGUGAAAUGGCUUUAUCAUCCGAUCUGAACCUAACAAUCCACCUCGAGCCAACUCGACCCCAAAGCGACAAUGACACCGACGACGAAAUCUCAGCCACAAUCUCCAACGACAACAUCCCCGACUCCGAACUCACAGAAGCUCAANAAGCACGUCUUGGAACUUACCAACUCUGGGCUACGUUCCAUAUGGGUCUCUUCCAUGGCAUCAUCCGCUUCAUGUCCCCAACAACCCUCAGAACCACUCCUACUCAACGCUCCUCUUUCGAUCUCCUUCCCUCCCAACUGCCUUCUCCUGAAAACCGCACUUUCCAAUACAAAUGGCGUGGCCGCGAGACUUCAGACUCGGAGAUUGCAGUCGAAGCCGAAAAUGCGACUCAAUUUAUCAAGUUCGAGGAAGAUGGCGUUAAGCUGACUGGCGUGUUUGAGUGCGAGUAUUUGGGCGAGACUGGAUUUGAGGGGCAGAAGAUUGGCAAGNGGGAGGUUGCGAAGGAGCAUUUGGGUAAGGCGUGGAGUCAGCUGAGCCCUCAGGCUCAUGAGAUGGAAAAUCAAAGGAAGGCAAUGUUGCCAUGA